UUCCGUGCAUCAGUCCGAUUGUAACCUUCGCCGAGUCAGCAUCAACAUCAGGAGUCCAACACCACCACCACCAUUACCGACGACCACCUCCGCCUCCUGCAGCCCUUCACGAAACAGUGCGAACGCGGAGUUACAACAACGCCGCAAAACCAGACAGUUGAGGUCGCGGGGUGGAUUCUUCUGGUCCCGGCGCUCGUGCAAGAACCGGAGGGCCCGUGACGCGACCACUUCCAUAAGGAUUCACGGGAACGCUUCUUUAUUUUUACUUGUAAAUACUGUCUCCCCUGGUGUCCCUCCUUCCCCACCCCCGGCGACACUUCUGCGACAACGAUGGCCAAGACUGACUGUGCAAGUGUGGUGUUGGUUGUGUUGGCCUCCUGUCUCCUCCACACCGUCAUCGCUGACUCCUCUCCGACACUCUACGAACUCCCCUCCAACGCUACCGUCAUCAACGGAGGACCCAUCGCUACGGGAUUCAGCUGUGAUGGUCUUAAGUACGGUUACUAUGCUGACCUCGCCAACGGUUGCCGGGUCUUCCAUGUCUGUUACCCGUACCUGGAUUCUGAACAGUUCCUCCGGACCCGCAUGUGGUCCUUCAUCUGCGGCCAGGACACUGUCUUCAACCAGGUGGCGCUAGUCUGCGACCACGCCCAGAACUCCAUCCCCUGCGAAGACUCUCCCAACCACUACGAGACCAGCAAUGGCUACUUCGGUCAGACCGAAAUCAACUUUAGGGAGUAGAUGGAUGGCUUGAUACAUGGUAGAUGGUAGAUCAAAGUUAAUAAUAGGUAAUAGUCGUUAAGUGUCAGAAGUAACCGUAGAUGAGAUAGCAGCAGCAGUAGUAGUAGUAGUAGCAAAGAUACGAAUGAUAUAAUAUAAUAGUUUACGAGAGAUUGAAAGGAUAAUGAUCCGUGAUAUCAGAUGGAGGUAGAUAAUGGUAGACGAAGAUAUAUGGUGAUAGAUAAUGGCAGGAACAAGAGAGAUUUAGCAGAGGUUUUGUAGAUACACCUCAUUCAGUUAAUCAUCCUGUUGACUAACUAACUUAUCGAUUGAUUAGAUAUGUCAUUAUCUAUUAGUUGAUUACAUGAGUGAUCAGUCGAUUAUGUUAUUAACUGGUUGGGCGACUGAACUGAUUAAUUAGCUAAUUCAUUAAUUAGUUAUAUGAUUAACCGGUUGAUUAUUUUGUAUAUUAAUAAACCGAUUGAUGUUUGUUGACUGAUGUUAAAAAAAAUGGCGUCCAUUUUCCGUGGAUUCGAAUGACGUAACUGACAACAGUGACGAAGAAUACACUCAGGUUGCAGAGCAAGCUCAUGCUGGGACACUUGUUCUUAUGUAUAGCUUCGUAAUGCAACACAGAACUUUGUAACACAACAUUCACACACAGCUUGCUCUACGACGUAUGUCUUGUCUUCGCCAAGAUUAAUCUUCGUCUCUUAAAGUCUUGUUCCUCUAAAUCAAAGCCAAGAAUAGAGGAUUUCUCGAGAUAGUUGUUAUUGUUGGUUGUAAGGGGUACGACGGCUUGAGCUGUUUGAACCGUUCUGAAGUUGUUGUUGCUGGUUAUGAGGGCUACAAAGGCUUGAGCCGUGUGAGCCCUUUCUGGCGAAGUUGUUAUUGCUGGCUGUAAGGACUCCGGAAGGCUGGAGCCGUAUGAUACCUUCCUGAGGAAGUUGUUAUUGCUGGCUGUAAGGGCUUCGAGCGGCUGGAGCCGUAUGAUCCCUUCCUGAGGAAGUUGUUAUUCCUGGCUGUAAGGGCUUCGAACGGCUGGAGCCGAAUGAUCCCUUCCUGAGGAAGUUGUCAUUCCUGGCUGUAAGGGCUCCGAAUGGCUUGAGCCAUAUGAUCCCUUUCCGAAUAAGUGCCAUAAUGUGACGAACAAGUCCAUCUUCUUCAGCCGUUUUUACGGACUUUUGUGCGAGGAAUCCAGAUUCGCUGAAUGUGUUGCCAGUAGCGUUAAGUGUAGUCAUGGAGUUUAUAGACAGUUGUUGCUAGCUUAGCAUAGAAAUUUAAUGUUUGGCUUUAUCUUGUUUAUUUUCAUCUUCUUCUCCCUCCCUUAACAACUUCGUAGUAACAGAAAAAUAUAUAUGCAAAUAUAUCCAAAGAAUUUUGUAAACAACGCUUAAAAAUAGUAAAAAAAUUUAUGUAUGUUAUCUACUCCCAAACUAUCAUGGUUUAGGUACCUACAAAUCAUUGUUACCAAGACUACUUGUCAAAAUGGACAAUAAGAAAAAAAAAAGUGGAAUGCUUUAUAAUAUGGCUCACGUAGGAGCCUAUC